AUGCCUUCUUAAUAAAUAUCAAAAUUAACUGAUGAUUUAGGAAAUUUAGAGAAUUAUAAGUAAUAUAACAUUUAUAAUAAAUCAAUAAGUUUAACAAGUGAUAGACUUGAGAAUACAAAGGAAUAUUUUUAGAGACCCUAAAUAUCCAUGAAAUAAAUUCUAAGAAGAAAUUAAAAGAAUCCAGAUGAAAUAGAUAAUUAAUUAUUUAUAGAUGAAUCAAUAAUUAGUGAAACUGAAGGUAUAUAAAUUAUUUUAAUAAAUUUAGCCAAAUUAAAUUCAUUAUAUGGAGAAAGUAUUUCUAUUUAAAAGAAUUUAUUAUAAAAUUAGAAAAGCAAUCCAAUAAAAGUAAUCAAUGCAAUUAAAAAAAUGGAUUAAAUUAAAUCUAUUAUAAAUAAUGUGAAUGCAAAUAAAUUAAUGAAUAAGUUUAUAAUAUGA